AUGGCCAAAUGGGGUGAGGGAGACCCAUGCUGGAUCGUGGAGGAGCGGGCAGACGCCACCAACGUCAACACCUGGCACUGGACAGAAAGGGAUGCUUCCAACUGGUCCGCAGAGAAGCUGAAAACUCUGUUCCUGGCCGUUCCAGUAGAAAAUGAGGAAGGCACAUGUGAGGUGACGGAGGUGGACAGGCUUGACAGAGAGGCUUCCAUUAACAACCGGAAAGGCAGACUGAUCUUCUUCUAUGAGUGGUCCAUCAAACUGAACUGGACAGGUACCUCUAAGUCAGGAGUGCAAUACAAAGGACACGUGGAAAUCCCCAAUUUGUCUGAUGAGAACAGUGUGGAUGAAGUGGAGAUUAGUUGAGUGAGCCUUGCCAAAGACCAGCCUGACACAAACCUCAUGGCCUUAAUGAAGGAAGAAGGGGUGAAACUUCUAAGAGAAGCAGUGGGAAUUUACAUCAGCACCCUCAAAACAGAGUUCACUCAGGGCAUGAUCUUGCCCACAGUGAAUGGGGAGUCCGUAGACACAGUGGGUCAGCCAGCACCAAAAACUGAGGUGUGCAAGGCGAAGGCUGCUCCUUCAAAAAGCCAGGCCAAACCUGUUGGUGUCAACAUCCCCACUUGUAAGAUCACCCUUAGAGAGACCUUCCUGAUGUCACCAGAGGAGACCUAUAGAGUGUUUACCACCCAGGAGCUGGUCCAGGCCUUUACCCAUGCUCCCGCGGCCUUAGAAGCAGACAGAGGUGGGAAGUUUCACAUGGUCGAUAGCAACGUCACCAGAGAGUUCACUGAUCUGGUCCCUGAGAAACACAUUGCUGUGAAGUGGAGGUUUAAGUUGCGGCCAGAGGGGCAAUUUGCUACCAUCACCUUCAAUGACAAGAACGGAGAGACAGAGCUGUGCCUGGAAGGCCGAGGCAUCCCUGCUCCUGAGGAUGAGCGGACGCGACAAGGCUGGCAGAGGUCCUACUUUGAAGGCAUCAAACAGACCUUUGGCUACGGUGCUCGCCUGUUUUAG